AUGCCUUUACAAUACCCGUUAUUGUUUCCGUACGGAGAGACCGGGUUCCACGCUCGCAUACGUUACCACGACAACACUGGCCGUCGGUCUACUAAACGACGAUGUGUCACGAUGCGGGAAUACUACUGCUACAGAAUCCAUUAUCGCAACAAUGAAGGCACCACCCUCCUAAGAGGCGGUCGUUUAUUCCAACAAUAUUUGGUUGACUCAUACGCGGCCAUCGAGGAACACAGGUUGCGUUGGAUGAGGAAUAACCAGAAUGAACUCCGCGUUGAACUCUACCAUAAUGUUUGUGACGCUGUGACGCGUGGGGAUACAAACGCCAAGGCUAUCGGACAACGCAUAGUUUUACCAGCAACCUUUACGGGAAGCCCAAGAUAUAUGGUCCAAAAUUACCAAGACGCCAUGGCUUUGUGCCGUGCUUUUGGGAACCCCGACCUGUUUGUGACAUUUACAGCUAACCCAAAGUGGCCUGAAAUCGAAGACAUUAUACCAGGCCAAAAGUCUCAUGACCGUGCAGAUGUUGUAUCACGCGUUUUUAAGCUAAAACUGUCCUUUUUGAUCGAAGAUAUUAUGAAGAAACAAAUCUUUGGCGUCUGCAAAUCAGGUAAACUUUGUGAUGCCUUGCCUCUCUGUUUUGCUGUCAAUUCUCCCACAAAUACUAACCUUUCUAAACUUUUUAAUUUCCUUCUUUUUGAUCUCUCUGUCUUUCGCAAUUUGCCGCACUGGUUAUAUACAGCUGUUUACACAAUUGAGUUUCAAAAAAGAGGCCUACCACACGCGCACCUUUUAAUAUGGCUUGAACAUUCUGCCGUGUCUCACACGCCUGCUGGUAUAGAUGACUUGAUUUCAGCCGAGAUCCCAUCGAAAAUUGACGACCCAUCCGGCUAUAAGGCUGUAACAGAUUACAUGUUGCAUGGCCCAUGUGGGAAUGACGCUCGCAGUGCUCCGUGUACAACAGAUGGAAAAUGUAUGAAACACUUCCCAAAGCCAUUUUAUCGAGAAACGACAAUUGACGAAGACGGCUACCCGGUUUACCGGCGUCGAGAUACAAAGAUUUUCUUUAUAAAGGGUAAAACGAAACUCGACAACCGGUUUGUCGUUCCAUACAACCGUUAUCUCCUUUUAAAGUAUGAAUCACACAUCAAUGUUGAGUGGUGCAACCAGUCCCGAGCUAUAAAAUACCUUUUUAAAUACUUAAACAAGGGACCAGACAGGGCUACAAUGGUUGUUCAAGAAAACAUUGGCAGUGAUGGUGAAAAUCGUUCACAAAAGAUUGUUAAGGUUGAUGAGAUUAAAAACUAUUUGGAUUGUCGGUACUUAUCGCCGUGUGAAGCUGUGUGGAGAAUGCUUGCAUUCCCUAUACAUUACUCAUUCCCAUCCGUCAUGAAACUAACGUUCCAUACACCUAACCAACAUCUACUCACGUUACGUGAUUCUGACAGUUUGCCAGCCCUUUUAAACCGUGAGGGGAUACGAGACACAAUGUUCACCCAAUGGUUUGCGUUGAACAGCAGAGAUGCAGCGGCAAGAAACCUUACGUACGCCGAGAUACCAACAAAGUACGUCUGGCACGAUGAUAACAAGGUAUGGAAAACGCGGUUGGAACGGCCAGCAAUUGGGCGGAUCGUGUAUUGCAAUCCAGCAGCUGGGCCAAAGUAUUACUUAAGGAUGUUGUUAGGGAUUGUGAGAGGGCCCCGAAGUUUUGAAGAAAUAAAAACGGUCGACGGUAUCGUAUAUGGAACGUUCAAAGAAGCCUGCUAUGCAUAUGGCUUGCUUAAUGAUGACAAGGAAUGGAAUGACGCUCUCUCAGAGGCUAAACUAUGGGCAUCCGGCUCCCAACUACGGGAGUUAUUUGUUACCAUGUUAUUGUUUUGCAAAGUGAACCGCCCAUCGCAACUGUGGUCACAGAAUUGGGAAAUACUAUCAGAUGAUAUCUUAUACAUGAAACGUAGGCUCUACAUGUUCCCUGGUCUACAGUUAUCAAACGACCAACUUAAGAACUACUGCCUGAUUGAACUAAAUGAACUGUUGGAAAAAAACGGGAAAUCAUUGGUGGAUUUCCCGGAUAUGCCACAGCCAGAUACGUCGCUGCUCGAUAGGAUGGAUAAUCGUCUAAUCAGAGAAGAGUUGAGUUACAACAAAAAAAAGAUGACAGACGAGCACGAACAACUAUAUGCAUCACUCAAUACGGAACAGACGGCCAUCUACAACACAGUCAUUGAUUCUGUUACCACCCACAAAGGAGGGUUUUAUUUCGUCUAUGGUCCGGGAGGGACAGGCAAGACUUUCCUAUACAGAGCCAUCCUGUCACGUUUGAGAUCGAUGGGACUAAUUGCUCUUGCAGUUGCAUCUUCAGGUAUCGCGUCCCUUCUAUUACCCGGUGGUCGGACAGCGCAUAGCCGGUUCGCUAUCCCUUUAGAAUUACUUCACAAUAGCACGUGUUCCAUUAAACAGAAUACCCAAUUGGCACACCUUUUGCAGGAGGUACGGUUAAUCAUCUGGGACGAAGCACCAAUGAUGCAAAAAUUUGCAUUUGAAGCACUAGAUAAAACACUUAGAGACAUCUUGGGGUUUUGUUCCACCACAAACAGGGAACGUGCCUUUGGUGGCAUGCCUAUCUUACUUGGUGGUGAUUUCAGGCAAAUCCUUCCCGUCAUCCCAAAGGGAAAAAGAGAAGAUGUUGUUCAAGCAUGCAUAAAUAAAUCGUACCUGUGGAAAAAUUGUGAACUCUUCACUCUCCACCGUAGUAUGCGUGUCAACGAAUACACCUCAACGGGUGUAGUAGACAUUGAAAGGCAACGUUUCAACAAAUGGUUGUUAGAAAUCGGCGAUGGAAUUGUUCCCUCGAAAGCCAAAGAAGGUGAAGAUGAACCAACCUGGAUCGAGAUACCCGCCAGGUUUAUCAUUGAUAGUUGUGGGCUUCCUGUGGACUCGAUUGUUAAUGCUGUCUUCCCGUCGUUUACAGAAAGGCAGGGCGAUGAUGAUUUUUUGUGUGAAAGAGCAAUACUAACCCCCCGCAACGUAGACGCGGAUGAAAUCAAUGCUUACAUGUUUCGGCAAUUAAGACAGACCACAAAGACCUACAAGAGCUCCGACGAAAUAUGUCGUGCAUCCACGGAUGUAUUGGAACAGGAACAACUCUACCCGCCUGAGUUCCUAAACUCUUUGACAUUCCCAGGUAUGCCACCGCACGCUUUGGAUCUGAAAGAAGGUCUCCCUAUCAUGCUUUUAAGAAAUGUGAACCCCUCCCAAGGCUUAUGUAAUGGCACCCGUCUGAUCAUCACAGACCUUGGGAAAUUUGUUAUCAAAGCUAGGAUACUUACCGGGUCAAACCGUGGUGAUACUGCAUUAAUACCAAGGAUAACGCUUUCAUCCACUAAAUCAAAAUGGCCAUUUAUUAUGAAAAGGCGCCAGUUCCCCGUAAAACCAUGCUAUGCUAUGACGAUUAAUAAAAGCCAAGGGCAAUCAUUAAAAGUUGUUGGCCUCUACCUACCCCGACCAGUGUUUAGCCAUGGCCAGUUAUAUGUCGCACUUUCACGGGUUACAACACCUGCAGGUCUAAAGAUUGUCAUCGUCGGAGAUGGCAACGGUGGCAUGACAAACCAUACUAGAAACAUCGUUUACAAAGAAACAUUUAACAAUUUGACUACCUCAGAUUGGCGACAAUAA